AUUUUUAAUUAUCUAGAAGAUAGCUAUUGAGAAGUGAAGAAACCGGGCAUAAUUCAUGACUUUUUUCAUAUUGUUUCCUUGUCUUUAAUCUCAUUUCUCUAUCCUAACCAACAAAAUAUUCCAAACAAAAUAUAUUAUUUUCUUAGCAAGUUUGGUGAAUAAUUUUUACAGAUAUAAGUAUAUAAGCGUACACAAUUUUUCGAAUAGAUUAUAUUUACGAAAACCGCGCUAUAUAAAUAUGUUACUAGGUUACAUUUUAAAUAUUAUUAGGUUACUAGGCAAUUUUCAAUUUGUUCGUGUCACAUUGGCGUUCAUAUCGUAUUCGUAUCUUUUUUUGACAUUUGCAUGUGUAGUGUCAAGGCUCCUCGGCUUCGGUGCGCUUUCGACAUUCUCUCAUGUUCAAUGUACUAUUGCUCCAGCGUGACUUAUACUUGACGUUCUCGCCCUGGCGCGCGUCAGUCGCUCCUCGUCUCCGCUCGUGGCCGCUGCGAGAUUCGUCCGUGCACAGGCGCGCGCAAAUCGUCUCGGACAAAGUUCCUUUUCACUGUGCUUUCAAACGAGGUUCGCGAUUUCGCGAGCUCGCUCGAAAAUCCAUAUAAUUAAUUAAGACACAAGAAAUUAAGCAACGAACGCGCGAGGACGUCUUCCCGUUGUGCGCGGCGUUUCUCUUUCGGCACGCGCGAUCGGGAGCGCGGCGUUUUCUCGGCGCGACGAUUUCGCGGGUCGCUUUCUCGAAAGUCGUUUGGAUCGCGCGAAUCGCUGCGAGUCUCUCUCUCGAGAGAAAAAAAAAACGGGAGAGCGGCAGAAACAAGACGAGCGGAGACGAGCGCUGAGACGCGUGCGUACAUUCGCCGCGCAACGUAUCCGUGACGGGUUCGCGUAAGAAAUUUCACCUCGUCACACAGUCACGGCAUCGGUCAAACAUGAGCGGAAUAGGGAGACAGGAUGAGGCGCAUAUGGCCACGCCUGAACUGAUUGAAGCUCAUGGCUACAAGGCCGAGACCCAUAAGAUUUGGACAGAGGACGGUUAUGGCUUGGCUGUGCAUCGUGUGCUCCCGUCCAACGAUCGAGUACCAUCUGUGCCAAAUAUUGAUUCCACCAUAAAUACCAGUACCGAUUGUAGUGUCGAAUGUCACAAUUCAUCAGCUUCUGUGGAAGCUCCCGAAUCUCGUGGCAGUGCAAGUUCCAGAUUGCCAGUUCUUCUAUGCCAUGGACUCUUAUCCAGCUCCUCGGAUUGGGUGCUACUGGGACCUCACGAAGCUCUCUCAUAUGUUCUUUGCGACAGCGGGUACGAUGUUUGGCUCGCAAACUGCCGAGGGAACACCUACUCCAAGUACCACAAGCAUUACACGAGGAGAGAUCGAGAGUUUUGGAACUUCAGCUGGCACGAGAUCGGUUACUACGAUUUACCAGCGAUGAUAGAUUACAUCCUAAAGGAAACCGGCCAUUCCGACUUGUAUUACAUCGGCCACAGCCAAGGCACGACCGUGUUCUUCGUGAUGGGCAGCGAGAGACCCGAGUACAACGCCAAAAUCAAGGGAAUGAUCAGUUUAGCGCCCGCGGUGUUCUUGUCAAAUCAACGAAGCCCGCUGAUUACAUUCCUGGUGCACAUCAUUGACUUACUCGAGUGGGGAUCUGUCAUCUGCAACAUACACCAUCUACUCCCUCGUAACAGAUGGCAAUCGCGUAUAUUGAGCACCUUCACGCGCAACGCCCCGUGCACGUUGACGCAGGGCUUGUGCAACUGCUGGUUUUCCCUCAUCGCCGGAUUCGGCAGCAAUCAGCUUGAUAAGUCCAUAGUGCCUGUAAUAUUCGGACACUUCCCGGCAGGAUCUUCGACCCGGCAGAUCUUCCACUUUGCGAGUAUAAUACACUCCGGAUUAUUUCGGAAAUUUGAUUACGGUGCCAAGACAAAUCUCGCGCUCUAUGGAUCCACUCAACCCCCUAAAUAUAGUCUCGAAAGAGUGAAAGCGCCCGUAGCGCUUUUUUACAGCGACAAUGACCUUCUCAUACAUCAUAGCGAUGUUCAAAAGCUGGCAAGCACAUUACCGAACGUUAUAGAAGUUAAAAAGGUGGCCUACGAGAAAUUUAAUCACAUUGAUUACCUCUGGGGCCGUGACGCGAGAACGCUCUUGUAUAACGGCGUCGUCGCUUUACUGAAGAAAUUUUGAUGCAACACAUUAAUAUUAUAAGAUGCAAUAUGUCUAUGUUGUAUAUAACAAUCGCAUAGUCAGGAGUACUGUGAGCUUCUCCGUCUUGAUUGAGAAUUUUUCUGCGAAAAAUUAAGAAUUAAGGAAAGUAGGGAAUAAUGCAAAACGGAAUUUCCCAAAAUAUUUCCAAUGUGUAAUUAAUAUAAUCUAUUAUUACAUGACAUAUAUGAUGUGAGCAUGUGUCGUGUAUGCAAAGACUGUAAGAGUAUUCUUAAAAAAUAAUACUAUUUUUAUAAUAUUCUUCGAUAUUUAUAUAUAUUUAAUAAUAUUUUUAAUAAUAUAAAGACGCACUUACUUUUAAAAGAAGUGCACUUGUAAGGAACUCCUGAGCCGGAAAUGGAAUGUAAUUAUUAUUUCAGUACUCAGAGUAGCGGAUAAUCUAGAUCUGGGAUGUUUUGUAUACUGUUCAAGAUUAAUCGCGUACGUCAGGCUUGUAGCCACGCUGUCACGCGGCUAUAAGUAUCUGAAAAUUAAAUGUUAUACCAGACCAUGUAUAAAUACAGUGUACAUUGAGGAGAAA